AUGUCGGCCGAUGAAAGAGUACCGGCCCUUGAACUCGACCCUGUGCACAUGGCCUCCAAGCUCCCUAUGGCCCUGCGGGCAGAUGAGCUGAGCCAAGCUAUUCCAGGAGGUGGUGGAAAUCUGCAGAUUCUACAACAGGCUCUCCUGGUUGCUCAGCAUUUGUCCCGAGACAUAGGCAGUGCCCAAGGUCCACAAGUUCGAAUUGCAUCCUCCAAAUUGGUCGUGGUUCCGAAUUCUCCAGCAGGUGCAGAGCCGAUAUUUGAGCUGCCACUGCUGUUGUGUCACAUUUGUUUAGCCGAAGACCGGCUUGCAGUGGCACCCAGCACCACUGGAAAGUACUCUCAGCUUUGUGAUGUUUGGAUCCUGAAGGUUCAUGGCGAUGCAGCCAGGGCCCUGAAGAUCCUUGCAAAAUAUGGGGCGGUGCGCUAUGACCUUUCUGCUGUUUAUGUUUUAGGCUCGAAGCUCUCCAGCGGCAGCAUGUCAAGCGUUUAUCGUGCACAGCUGCAUGCCUCAGAGGAUCCCUCUGAAUCGAACGUGAAUAUGAAGGUGAUUCCAACCGGUGGACAGCAAGCUGAGAAGCGAGUGGCUCAAGAGUUGGAGCUUCAACUUGCUGCUCAAAGCCAUUCCAGUGUCACCAGGUUACUUUCUGUUUUUCAGGUGUCAGACCAUCCCUUGGGCCCAUGCUGUGCAGUGGCCAUGGCCUUGACCUCCCAGAAUCUGUUCGAUUGGGUGUUCAGCAGCAGCGCCUCAGAGCCCUUUGCCGCUGGAAUCAUGAAGGGCCUCCUCUCAGGCUUGCACCACAUGCACCAGCAGGAAAUCUUUUAUCGGAACAUCAGCCCCGAGACUAUCCAGCUGGCUCCGGACCUGAAGCCGACCUACUCAGACUUCAGCCUUGCGACGCGCCUGGCGGAGCUGAAGCGUCGUCCCAUCCAGCUGGGAUAUCCCGGGUACACCGCACCGGAGAUUUUACUGAACAUGGAGCCAACCCUGCAAUCUGAUGUCUUUGCAGUGGGAGCUGUGCUAUUCUUCAUGAUGGCGAAGCAGCAGCCAUUCUCAGAGCUAGAGGUAGGAACUGCGGUCAACAGUUGCAUCAAGCAAAGCAUCCAGCUGGAUCAAUACGAAGACUUCCAAGCAAGCCACGAUUUGAAAGAAUUGCUGGAGGGACUCAUGGAACGCUCGCCAUUGGCCCGCCUUGAUGCCUCCAGGGCGUUGAAGUUUGCAUUUCUGAAUCAGGCACUGACGCCGUCUGCCCCUGCGGGCGACCCCAAUGCACGCAGCCAACGCCUGCGGCAACGCUUUGUGAAGUUGCUUCCGGCAGAUCAACCUGGUGGAAGCGCAGAAGUUGGAGAUGAUGCACCCCCACAGGAGGAGGUGCCAAUAAACUGUGACUGGCGCCUUUCUUUUUCAGAGCCAGGGCGCCACGAGCCCUUGGUCUUCCGGCGCCGCUAUUGGCUUAGUGGUGGAGUCACCAAGAGCCGCUUGCAGAUCAUCCCCUUCAAAGAGAUCAAGGACCUAUCGGAGGCCAACUACACCAUGUGGCAAACGCUUGAGUUGGACGGCUGCUUACAGGUGUCACUAGACGCUUUGGAUGAGGAGCCAGUAGAGCUCUACUCCCCGCCCACAGAGCUGCAGAUGACCCACAGAAACAGCAGCUUAAGGUCAGGGCCGGGACCCGAUCGGAUUACCACAACGCAACUCCGUGCUCCAGAGCUGCGGAGCUGCUUUCACAGACAAACUUCUUCAGGGUCCAACAAGAAUCUUCGGAUUGACAGCACUUCCCUAUCUCCAGCAAAGCAUGGCCAUGGAGAUUCAGAUGAGCCUGCCAGGGGACAGCCCACGUUGUGGAUGCAACAUCAAGCCCAACCUGCAGACCAGAAGGUCAAUCGCGACAUGUUUGGCACCUGUGCCUUUGAGAAUCGGAACGGUGAAGACGGAAGCCGGCGGCGCCUUGUGAAGAAGUUGGGCGUGGGCGAUCAGGAUGAGGAGGAUUUCGAUGAUACGGCCUCAUGGCAGUCUUGGAGGUCCGAAGCCAUGCUCUCAAGUGCAAGCCGCGCCUCAAGGGGAAGAAGUGGCAGCAUGGCAAGCUGCAUUAGCAACGCCAGCGCUGCAGCCAUGAAGGAGCUCUUAAUGCAGAGUGAUGAUGAGAGUGAGAAAGACAUGUCCGGAAGCCAUGCAGCUCUGCACAGGGGAAGUGGCCUCCGCGGCUCGUCUCCCCAACAGCGGCUUUCGCUUCCACAGGACACUGUGAAGCGCCAGAUGAUGCUGGCACAUCCGCAGCCUCUUCCGAUGCCACAGCGGGAUGUGCCCACCUGCCAAUUUACCAAGGCUGAUGGUGGUCGCGGACGUCGGAUGGUGAAGCCAGUGGGUCAAUUGAACCUGCCUGGAUCAGAGGAGGAACCUAUGAAGGACUUCUCAUGGGGUUCAAUGGCUGAUAUGGGGCGAAGCAUGAGCCAGGCUAGCAUCAUGAGCGACGUGAGCUUUGCGGUACACCCAACUCCCAGUGGUGACAUGAUGAAGGUAGCAUUCUUCAGUAUGCUGGUGAGUGCAAGAUUAUAUAGCUUUGCAGUGCCCAGGAGCUUUUACAUGCUGACAUUUCGCCUGGAGGGGAGAUGGUAA